UCUAUUUUAUUUUCAUUUAUAAACAAGAUAUUUCUAAGUUCAAUUUACAGAUUUUGCCAUGACUAGAAGUCCCAUGGUCACUCUUACGAUCUUUGGUAUCGCCGCGAUUGCUUCAUGGAGUUUCUCGAAUGCGGCAUCUCCAGCUGUUUUCAUACUCGGGGACUCACUACUUGACGUCGGAACAAAUAAUUUCGUACUUAAGGCGGUUGGAAAGGCCAAAUACCCUCACUAUGGUAUCGAUUUUUUCAACUCUACACCUAGUGGAAGGUUUAGUAAUGGCUUAAACAUGGCCGAUUUCCUCGCUAGAGUAGUGUUUGGACCAGACGUGACUAGCCCACCAGCAUACCUAUCGCUUUUUUAUCACGGGAAAUACGAGGAGAAGAGACUUGCCAAAGCCAUAAACUUUAAUCCGAGGAGGCGUUGGAGACGUCCUACAAAUGGCUUAAACCCCCAUCCAUUGGUAGCACGGGAGAAUCCGGCCGUAGGAGUAAACUUCGCUUCGUCUGGAACGGCCAUUCUUGACAUCAACAGCGCUGUAGACCAAGCAUUGGCACUAAGCGAUCAAGUCGCGCACGUAAUGCAUGUCCACGGGAACCUGUCUGCGACCAUCGGUUCUUGGCAGACACAGGUGUUAUUUGCAAAAUCGCCAUUUUUUAUAGGUGUUGGUAACAAUGAUGUGCAUUUUUUUGCCUUGUUUCGAGCCAAAUUGGAUCCCGACCAGUACAUCGUUUCGCUACUCGAAACAUACAAUGCCACCCUACAGACUUUAUAUAACCUCGGAGCAAGAAAGUUUGGGAUCAUCGGUGUGCCAUAUAUCGGAUGUAGUCCGUUGAUGAGAGUAACAAUUUUGGGUGGGAAUUGUUCGAAAACCGGAAAUGAUUUGGCACGGCAACUUAACAGCGGGAUAGAACGUGUAUUGUGGGAAAUGGCACGUCGUUCAAAGGGGAUGAUCUAUUCGUUUGGGAACACGUACGAUAUACUAUUUGACCUCUACGAGACCCCAGAACGUUUUAAUAUAACGAAUGUGAGAGAUGCGUGUUGUGGAUUGGGACGGUUUAACGCGAUGACCAAUUGUCAUCCACUGGCUGUACUGUGUCGGAAUCGGGAUGAGUAUCUUUUCUGGGACGUGUCUCACCCGUCACAAUAUGCUGUGCAGGUUAUGGUUGAAUCGAUUGCAUUUGGUGGUCCGAGACUUGCAAGACCAAUCAACUGGGCUAGAUUGGCGAGUCUGUAAAGUACCUGUUACCGGUUUUUUAGCUUCUUUUUCGAACUUAUGCUAUUAGAACCACAAAUAUUCAUAUGACUUUAUAUGCAAUUGUAAUAAACUUAAGCGUGGUUUGAUCUUU